AUGCUGUCCCAGCGGCUCUUGACCAGGCGCCUGCCUCAGGUCGCUGCCCGUUACGCCGUCCCCCGCGCCUCCUUCUCACACGUCCGGUCUCUUGCGGCUGCGGAGGUCAAUGAUCCUUUGCAGAACAACAACUACGAGAACCCUCCCCGUGUCAAGCGUGCCUUCCGAGACCCCUACGGUGGCUGGUGGGAUCAGCAGGAAAAGCGCAACUUCGGAGAGCCGGUUCACGAGGAGAACGAAAUUCUCGGUGUCUUCAGUCCCGAGCAGUACACGCACGUCUCCGCUCGCCGAGGUUUCUUCCACCUGGGAGUUUUUGUCGCAACCUUCCUGGGAUUCUGCGGCGUCGUGAGCUUCUACUACCCAGACAAGCCCAGUGCUCCUCGAACAUUCCCCGACGGUCUCGAGAAGGAGCUUGGCGGAUCGAAUGCCGCUUUGGCUCGCAAAUCCGGCGAGGAGACUUGGUAAUUGGCGUUCAACUUCAUGUUGUGUAAAUGUAAAUAAAUACCAGUACGAUUUGGUCUUUCGGCGUCAAUCGAAGGUCUGAUUGUCGAUUCAUUCAGGAAAAAAGAGGGCCGUUCCCCUCGUCAGCUACUUUUUAUAACCACGGUGGAUUUUCCGAUACGUCCGGUCCCUGUGCCAAGUUCUUAUACGGAGGAGAUGAAAACUUGCCGAGCAGGUACCUGAUUGAUCUGCGUGCUAAGCAUCGUGGGGACGAACGGGAGCCAACUAUCAUGCUCCUUGAAAUAUGCUUUUUUACGGGUGAUCAUGAGCCUAGAUAUAGUAAAGACUGUACUGCGGUUAUUACAGCCAUCUAGUGUUUGUAUGGGAUGCUCUGUUGAUGGACAAGGGCAAGAAAUCACGAAUACGGAGUAGAUACGAAC